CCCAAGCCCAACCCAACUCGUCUCCCUCACUUCAACUCUCUCUCUCUCUCUCAUCUUACACCGCCGGCAACUUCUCGAAUUGCUUCUCUGCAAUGGCGACCACAGCUUGUUUCAUCAUCGUCAGUAGGAACAACAUCCCUAUUUAUGAAGCUGAAGUCGGAUCUGCUGCUAAAAGAGAGGAUUCUGCUCAGCUGCAUCAAUUUAUAUUGCACGCGUCCCUUGACAUUGUUCAAGACCUGGCAUGGACUACUAGUGCUAUGUUCUUGAAAGCAGUCGAUAGAUUCAAUGAUCUGGUGGUGUCUGUUUAUGUAACCGCUGGCCAUACGCGAUUGAUGUUACUUCAUGACUCUCGCAAUGAUGAUGGAAUCAAGAGUUUUUUUCAAGAGGUUCACGAGCUUUACAUAAAGACUAUACUUAAUCCCCUCUACUUGCCUGGAUCCCGCAUCACAUCUUCACAUUUCGACACAAAAGUUCGUGCACUUGCGAGGAAGUAUCUCUAGUGUUCACCUUGAUUGCAGACCAACUGUGCUUUGUGACAAUGAGCUUCAAAGUUUAUAGCAGCGUUGAUUUUUCUAUAAGUGUGUUACAUUUUGAUCUUUGCUAUUUGUGGUCCUGACAUUAAACCACUCAAUAGUUAAAUAUUGCUCAAUGUCAAUUAUGGACUUUGUGUGGCUUGAUUACGAGCAGGAAUAAUAGCACUUAACAGCAUUGAUGUAAUGCCCUCCCCGCUCCCUUUUACCCAUCUUUUUAUUGUAGGGAGUCCUAUUGUGUUCUAUCUUUUACAAGACAGGAAUACUAAAAUCAUGCAAGAAUGCGUUUUGAAAAAAGCUAAAGAGACAGCCCAUUCCUUUUUUGA